GGUUUAUACAAGUUCAUCAUAUAGAUAUUGGAAAUUGGAUAUUAGGAGCUAAAGUUCAAGGUCGUUUGGAGAUUAAGGUCGCAAAGUCAGUUGACUAACAGAGAUUAUGCAUUUGUUUGUGUUGUUAUCCUACCUUGUUUUAACAUGCUCGGGUUAUGGGAAUAUGCUUGGUGCCCCUAAAGAAAUACCACCAGAUGAAGACACUUUUAAAACUUUAGGUCAGGAAUUGCAGAGAGUGGCACAAAAGUUCAAUCGCGUACAGGGACUUCAAAACCUCCAUGUCGUAUCCAAGGUACUCAAUGCCACUACUCAGGUGGUUGCGGGCACCAAGUACACAUUAUUUGUUGAAUUUUCCCCGACAUCAUGCAAGACUGCCACUUCCAAUGACUUUUUAGCUGUUGAUACUGCGCUUAUUAAUCGAGAUUCAUGUGCAAUUGUUGGAGGAGAGAGCAAAGUGUGCAAGGUAACUAUAUGGCAAAGACCGUGGCUCGACUCAGAUGAGUCUGAGAUAAUCGAUAUUGUGAAGUGUUCCACAAAAGAUACUUAAAGCCCCCUGAUGUAUUUUGUUAAACCAGCAUUUCAUCUGCCUGAUAAUGUCUAGUAAUACAGCUGUCAUCUUUUCUCCCUACUAUCGGUUUCAGUUUGGUCCAUACCACAAACAAUGCGCCUAAUUCUGCCUUGACAUUUUGGCAGCCUAAAUUCUUACAGCUGACACUAAAUGCGUUUCUUGAUUUUAUUGGAAUUAUGUCAUAAGUCAGCAUCAUAUGCUUUUAUAUUCUAGUCAGUUUAUUUCAUUUUGAUUUAUUUUUGUUGUUGUUGUUUAAGCUGACCUCCGUACAUUAUUUUGGGCUUCUCAUAAUCAUUCAUCUUCCAAUCUUUUUAUAAAGAACUAACUUGAUUUAAUUUUAUAUACAGCUGUUUUUAUUUACUUCUAGUUUUAGAAAUGCUUUGAAAGAUUAUAUGCAAUGGUUUCAAUGAGCUUUUGUUUUAGAUUUCUCUGCUGUUCACUCAUUUUUUAC